AUGCACUGGUUGAAGAGUUCGGCGGAGCGCACCGAAGACUUCGGCGCAGGGCGACCCAAUGGAGGAGCCCUGGAAGUGUCCGAUGAGGUCGUGCGGAGCUAUAGCCAUGAGGCCGAGCAGCUCCAACGCUUGGAGAAGAGAGUGAAAGCAUUGGAGGCGAUGCCAUCGAGAGGCCCCAUCCCCAAGGUCGCUUCUUCGCCGCCGGCUGGGCAGGCGGAGAGCCUCCGCGACUGGGUCACCGGGUCGUUGGAUGCCCUCCGGCGCAGCGUCCAGGAAGAGCUGGGAGACUUUCGCACGCGCAUCGAGGCAUCUGAGAAGGCCAAUCGGGAGAUCCUCACCACGCUCUCGAAGACCGUGAAGGAGGGUUCGGAGCAAAUCAAGAGGGUGAGCUCCACCACCAUGGCCAUGGAGGAGAAGGUCAAUGGCCUCACCUUCGAUGGCGACGCCUUUCGACAGCUACGCUUGGAGGUGGAAGAAGCGGUUCAGUACCUGCAAGCACAGUGCGAAAGGGUGGAACAAGACUGUAAGGACCUGGAUUAUCGCAUGAGCGUGCAAGCCUUGGCGGCCAGCACCUUCAGCUUGAAGGUCGUCUCGAUGGAUGCGGCCACUCGUGAGAAGAGCUUGAAGUACCUGGCGGGCGAGGAGAAGCGUGUCAAGGCCAAGGCCUCCCCGCAGACCAAAGCAGCCAUGGCCGCGCGGCAGACGACCUCGCCGCGCGCCACGGCCGUGGCACAGCGGGCAGAGGGGCCAAGGCCGACGGGGCAGGUGAGAUCCGUCUCGCCAGAUUCCACGCCCCAAACGAGCCCGCGUGGCCCGGGUCCGCUCAACGAGGAGCGGCGCGAGACGCCGGGCUUGGCCGAGGCCCUGGUCUCAGAGGCGCCGCCGAACGACCUCCAUCCCCACCCCGGUCCGCUCGCCUCGGCGCGGUCCCAGCCCAGCGGGCCCCGGAUCCGGUCCAACGCGGUCGGCCGGGAGGGAGGUCUUUUGCCUCGAGGCCGCGGAGCUCAGCGCGCCUUGGCUCCUGUUGGCGACCCUCGGGUCACCGGUCCCGGUCACCAGACCCCUGAACGGAGGGUCGGUCGCGUUUGGGGUGGUCAGAUCAGCUGA